CUCAUUGAUCUUUCUUUUGUUUGCCUCUGGAUCACGGUGGUUUUCUCCCUCUUGUGUUAUCCCAUUGUCUCCCUCUGUUUGUCUUUCCCUCCUCCACCUCUGGUGGUCACUGCUCCACGAUGGCCCCCCCUCCGCCCGUGAACAAGCCCCACGUGUGCCUGUCCGCGGCGCUGAUCGUGUGCAGCAUGGCGCUGCUGGACGCCUACCUGGUGGAGCAGAGCGUGGGUCCGCGCAAAGUGGGCGUGUGCAUCAUGGUGCUGGUGGGCGACGCCUGCUUCCUGAUCGUGCUGCGCUAUGUGGCCGUGUGGGUGGGCGCCGAGGUUCGCUCGGCCCAGCGCGGCUACGCCAUGGUCCUCUGGUUCUUCUACGUCUUCGUGCUGGAGAUCAAGGUCUACUUUGUGUACCAGAACUACAAGGCCAAGGCAUCGUCCACCACUACAGGCGGACACACUCCGGGAGGGGACGGUAGUGGGAGUGUUGGCGGCGUGAGUGGUGGCGGUGCGGUCAUCCUGACGGACGCGCUGGGCCGCAAGUCGCUGACCCUCCUCCUGUCGGUCUGCGUCCCCAUCCUCUACAUCGUGCUGGCCGCCAUCGACCACAUGGAGUACGUGCGCCCGGUCCGCAAGCGCGAGGAGAUCCGCAGCCGGCUUUUCUGGGUGGUGGUGGACCUGCUGGACGUGCUGGACGUGCAGGCGAGCCUGUGGGAGCCCCAGCGACGAGGCCUGCCGCUCUGGGUGGAGGGCCUGACCUUCUUCUACUGCUACAUCCUGCUGCUGGUGCUGCCGUGCGUGUCGCUGAGCGAGAUCAGCAUGCAAGGGGUCAACAUCGCGCCGCACAAGAUGAUGCUCUACCCGAUCCUGAGCCUGGCGACCAUCAACGUCGUGACGCUGCUGAUCCGCGGCGGCAACCUGCUGCUGUACCGGGAGGCGCGCGUGUCCGGCGUCCUGGUGGGCAAGAACGUGGUGGCCAUUGUGCUCAAGGCCUGCAGCUUCGCGCAGUACCGAAAGAGCCUGCAGGGGCCAGCAGCGAGCGCCACCACCACCACGACGAUGGGGGUCAGUGUCGGCGGUGGCGGCAUUGGUAUGUCACCUGCGUUGACCGCCGAGCUGCACAAAAACAGCAUCAUAGUGACGCACACCUCCGGCGGACCCAACGCCUUGGGCGGGAGCACCAUGAGCGUGCCCGUGACUCUGAGCGUGCCCGUGAUGGUGCCGGUGGCGAGCAUGCCCGCUGUCCCACCGCAGGUGGUGAUCCAGGACUUGACCACUCUGCCAGAGGAGAGCGAGGGAGAGGGUGAGGGGGAGGGGGAGGACACGUGACGCAUUGCCCUGGACUUCCUCACGGGGGAGCAGUGACGUUAUCAAAUCAACACCCCGGGGAUGUAUGUCACAAGCCCCGUUGGAUAAUGCUGUGGCACACAGGAUUUAGCUGGGAAUUUUGGAAUAUGAUAUUCUACAAUACACUAAAACAGCUUUUAAAUGGGCCGUGUUCUGGGAUGCUUGAUAGGCUGCAACCCAGAAUGGACAUGAUGUUACCCCAAAAUGUGGAUUAUGGCAAAACGUGGAAAUGCAAAGCUGAUCCA